UGUUAUAUUGUACAUAAUGUACAUAAUUGAAUAAAGAAUUGAUUUCUAUAAUGGGAUUGAAACCUGAAAGUUACUCUUUAAUGCUUUUAGUAUACCAGAAGCAUGGGUGAUGGUGUAGUAAAAAAUGGUGCAUACAAAUACGAAGAUGGCACAAAAUAUAUUGGAGAUUGGAAUGCAAAGGGCUUAAAACACGGUGCUGGUUCUUUACUUCUACCUGAUGGAACACGUUAUGAUGGUGGUUUUCAAAAUGGAUUAUGUUCUGGCUUAGGAGUAAUAGUGUUUCCAGAUGGAGCAAAGUAUGAAGGUGAAUUUAUGCAAGGGUGGUUUCAUGGUCAUGGUGUAUUUUGGAGGUCAGAUGGAAUGAAAUUUGAAGGUGAAUUUCGUGGUGGCCGUGUAUGGGGUUUAGGAUUAGUCACAUAUGCUGAUGGCUCUCAUGGCUUUCCUAGAAAUGAAGGUUUCUUUCAAGAUUGUAAACUUGUACGUCGUAGACAUUGUCCAGACAUAGUACAGAAGGCACAGAAGAUCUCUAUGAUGGCUCGUGCCCAAUGCAGUUAAAUGAUAGACAUAAAUAAAAAUGUGUAAUAUUGAAUAUCAAUAAAAAUAUUAAAUAUUUUA